GGUCACCUUGUGGAACAACUCACGGAAAUUCGGCAGUUCCCCAACAUUCAGGGGAAUGCGCGCAGCCGCAGCCACAGCCGCCCAGCGCUGAGCUCACAACCAGUCACGGAGGGCGGGAGCGCGCCCCGGGUUUGACGGUGCAGGCGCGCGCGGGGCGGGGUUGACGCGCUUGCGCGGUGCCGAGCGGACUCAGCUCCGGAGGUUGAGGGCAGUGGAGGAAACGGUCGGGGUAGUGGAGCUUGUCAGUCAGCCGGUGGUUGUGCGACGAGCGCAGCGGCGGUACGCCAGUCCUGAACGGUGGCAAAGGAAGUUGUGCUGUGGGAUGUGAAGUUUUUCUAGUUGACCCACUGAAGACAAGUUUUGGAAGAUUUCUAACUGCCAUUGAUCUGCAAGAAUAAUCUCAAUACAAUCAUGUCAUAUGAUGAUUCAGUUAUGAUUGAAGCACCCAGUGACAGCUUCUGGGAGGUUGGGAACUAUAAGCGCUCUGUAAAGCGCAUUGACGAUGGCCACAGGCUCUGUAAUGAUCUUAUGAAUUGCCUCCAUGAACGAGCUCGUAUAGAGAAGGGUUAUGCUCAACAACUUACAGAAUGGGCCAAGAGGUGGAAACAGCUGUUGGAGAAAGGACCACAGUAUGGGACUUUGGAAAAAGCAUGGGUAUCAUUAAUGACUGAGGCAGAAAAAGUCAGUGAGCUGCAUCUGGAGGUCAAGAGUGCAUUGAUGAAUGAAGAUUUUGAAAAGAUCAAGAACUGGCAGAAAGAGGCCUACCACAAGCAAAUGAUGGCAGGCUUCAAAGAAACAAAAGAGACAGAUGAUGGAUUCCGUAAAGCACAGAAGCCAUGGGCCAAAAAGCUGAAAGAGGUGGAAACUGCUAAGAAAGCCUAUCAUGCAGCUUGUAAAGAGGAGAAAUUAGCAAUAUCCAGGGAAUCGAACAACCGGUCAGAAUCAAAUACAAAUCCAGAACAGAUGAAGAAACUGCAGGAUAAAGUUGAAAAAUCUAAGCAAGAUGUUCAAAAGACAAAGGAAAAGUAUGAGAAAAGUCUAGAAGAGUUAAAUAAAUGCACACCACAAUAUAUGGAAAAUAUGGAACAAGUCUUUGAGCAAUGUCAACAGUUUGAAAAAAAACGAUUAGAUUUCUUUCAAGAGGUCCUCUUGGAAGUUAAGCAGCAUCUUGACCUAUCUGCCACCAGCUACAGAGCUAUAUAUCAAGAAUUGGAGCGUGCUAUUAAAUCAGCAGACCCCGAAGAAGAUCUUAAAUGGUUCAGAUGUACACAUGGUCCAGGAAUGCCUAUGAACUGGCCCCAAUUUGAGGAAUGGAGUGCAGAUCUCAACCGCACACUCAGCAGGAGGGAAAAGCCUAAAAAGACUGGAGAUGGAGUGAUCUUGACGAGUGUCAGUCAGACAGGCGAUCAGGCAUCUCAGCCUUCCAAAUACAGCAGUCUUAGUGUCCGGAGUACUACUAACUCGAUACGUUCCAGUUGUAACCCAUUUGAGGAGGACGAGAAUGAAAAACCUGUCGAUGAGAAGGAGAACACAAUCCCAAAAAAUGUUAGCACUUAUGAAAAGAACCCAAAUUACACCACUGAGUGGUCAGAUGAUGAAAGUAAUAAUCCUUUCAACUGCAAUGAAACAAAUGGUGAUAAUCCUUUUGAUGAGAAUCAUUCAGCAGGAUCGGAAGUGCGAGUACGAGCAUUGUAUGAUUAUGAAGGACAGGAACAUGAUGAGCUUAGUUUCAAAGCAGGUGAUGAAUUGACAAAGGUAGAAGAUGAAGACGAGCAGGGUUGGUGCAAAGGGCGACUAGAAAGUGGUCAAGUUGGCUUGUACCCUGCCAAUUAUGUUGAAGUUAUCCAGUGAUGUAGAAUGUACCAACGCAAAUGCUAUGAUCUUUUUUGCAUUUAAAUACACAGUUACAUCAACCUAAAAUAAAAAAUAUAUUGGUGUAGAGAAUGUACAAAUUCAUUAUAUUAAGCAUUAUUGCUUCAGACACUGCUUCGCUUUGAGAAGAAUCAAGUUUUUAUCAGUGAACAAAUACACAUUUUUAGCAGGCUCAUGUCUUGUCUUCUGAAGUUCAGCUGAAGCUCAUUAUAACUGUGACAAUGGAUUUAAAUAUUAUCUAUUAGUCCAUGGCAAUGGCAAUUUUAGUUUUCAAAGACAGAUUGUAAAAAUUGAUUUUAAUAACUUGCCUUGUGACUGCUGAAUACUAAUUUUAAUUGUUUAUCUUUGCUUUGCUGCACUAUCUAUUAAUUGAUUCCCUACAGCUUUCCACUUCGGAAAAAAAGUUGACUUAUUUGUUUUCUUUAUUUUUAAAAAAAUUAAGGCUCAAUAUUUUCCUACUACUUAUUUUAAUAUUUAAUUUUGUUGCAGUUCCUCUUUUGUAGACAUGGUAUUCUUUUACAUGCAUAAGGUGUAGUAAGAAAAAUGACCUUGUGCUCUAUUUUAAUUUCCUUCCUGUAGCGUAGAAAUAUUUAAUCAUUUAUACUUCUGUGCAAAACCAUGUGCUUUGGUGUGUUAGCUAAACUUCCCGCACCAUGUAUUAGCACGUCAGUGAAACACUGGGAUGUGUUUUAGUUGAAUACUACUGCACUUGUUGCCUGUUACUUUAAUGUUGAUGUAUCAUAAUUGAUAUAUAUCAAUAGAAAUAGUAUAAUGUUAAACUUAAGCAGUCUGCAUUGUGAAAAUUGUGGAUUUUAAUGUUGAUGCAGAAUACAGGACUCCAUGACUUUUUAUAUGACAUAAUGUUCAUUUGCUCCUAACCAAGGGCUUUGGAAGAGUUAAUGGUGGAUGUUGAAGAGAAUGUAUGCCAAUGUUUCAUUUAUUUUCAGUUGUUAGUACACUGUUCUGCAUAUCUCUUUGAUAAUUGGAGAGUUUUGAAAAUCUGCUUUAAUAUGCAGCAUGGAAUUCUCCCUUACAGCAAAGACUGCAGAACCCUUGUAAUGGAUUAAAAAAUCAACAUGAACAAAUAAUUGGGAACUGUGGUGAAUGUUUUCUAGUGAAAUAAUUGUUCUAUGAAUCCUUCCAAGUAGUCUUUACUGCUACGAUUAGACUAGAAAUUGUAUGUAGUAAGAAUGAGGUAGAUUUAUGAUUUUGAAUGAGAUUCUGGGCAACCCUGUACCUGACAGGAAAGUUAAAACUCUACAAUUUUAGGUAAGUAGCUUUAUUGGAAUGCAGUGUAUUAUAAUCAAACUAAAUGGCUGCUAGCUUUAAAAAAAAGUCAUUAUUAGUCUCCCUGGUGUAUGUUUGACUGAUCAUGUGAAAUGACUGUAUAAACUAUUGCAUUUGUCUCAUUUAAUUCACUAACUUAUUGACCGAGGGUGCCUUAGACUUUUCUUAAAGUUUCCUGUAGAAUCUUUAGUCAGUGGGUUUACUUUGUAUCUUUAUUGCACACUGGUUAGAGGAUGAAAUCUUUAAAAUUAACCCAACCUUUGACUCCAAUAUUUUGAAUUUCCAAUAAAUUAGUUUACUUUUACAAAACUAAUUAUUUUUAUAACAUGUAAGUUUUGACUUGCUAAAAUUUAGUGCCACUUCCAGAUUUUCACAUUAUUGGUCAUAUCACUAUUUCAAUUUGUGGUCGUUGCCACAACUACUUGAGAAAAACAUGUUGUGAACUAAGCCAUUUUAAACAUAUUUUUGAUAAUUCAACAUGUUUAUAGAAAUGUUUUCUUUGGCAGGAACUUAUUUUGUACAGCACUCUGGGAAAAAUUACUGUAGAUAAUUGAGAGUGAGAUUGUCAAACAGAAUGAGAACUUGCAGAUGAUGGAGCCAUCUAAUCAUAUGAACACAUGAAAAAAAAAACAAGAUGCUGGAGGAACUCAGCAGGCCAGGCAGCAUCCCUGGAGAAUAACAGAUGGUCAAUGUUUUGGGUCAGGACCCUUCAGGACUGAAGAAGGGUCCUGACCUGAAACGUUGACCGUCUGUUAUUCUCAAGGGAUGCUGCCUGGCCUGAGUUCCUCCAGCAUCUGCAGUCCUGUUUCUCUUAUGUGAACAUGUGAAUUGUGACAGGAGUAGCCCACCUAGCUCCUCAAACCUGCUCUGCCAUUUAGUAGCAUUGUAGAUCUGAUUGCAACCUCAACUCUGCAAGUCAGUCUACCCAUGGUGCCCUCUUGAUUAUCAAGAAUCUGUUCAUUUCUGCCUUGAAAACAUUGAAAGCCUUUCUUCCACCACCUUCUGAGGCAAAGAGUCUCAAAGACUUGUGAUUAUGAGAAAAAAAUCAUCUCAUCCCAGUCUUAAAUGUACAACCCUUUAUUUUUAAACAGUGACUCCCUAGUUCUAGAUUCUCUCACAAAGAGAAACAUCCUCUCCAUGUCCAUCCAUUUGGGACAUCUCAGGAUUUUAAAUAUUUCAUUCAUCCCCUCUCACUCUUCUAAAGUCCAGCAGAUACAGACUUAGCCUGUCCAAUGUCUCCUCAAAGAGUAUCCCACCCAUUCUAGUUAUCAAUCAGGAAUACCUUCUCCAAACUGCGAUCAACACAUUAACAUCCUCCCUUAAAAAGGGCAAAAGUACAGUUCUCUAGAUGUGGUCUGUCCAAUGCCCUAUAAGCAAAGCCUCCCUAGUUUUGUAUUCAAUUUUCCCAGCAAUAAAUCAUAACACUUUUUUGAGCUUUCCUAAUCACCUGCAGUAUCCACAUCCCAGACUUUUGAACUGCAGAGAAAUAUGGGUGUCCUGGUGUGCAUGUACAAAAGUUCUGUAAUCUCUCACCAUUCAGAUUUUUUAAUUUUUCCAGCCACAUUUUCUGACAUUUAAUUUGCAACAAUUUGUCCACUUAGCCCAUCUGUAGCCCUUUCCCUCCUUGUAUCUUGUUCACAACUUUUCCACCUAUUUUUAUGUUGUCAGCAAAUUUAGUAACCAUCCCUUCAGUGUCUUGAGGCUAAUCACUUGCAUAAAUUGUAAAAGGUUCAGGCCCCAGUACUGGCUAUGGCACACCAUUCAUCUCACCAGAAAAAGACCCAUUUACACUCAUUCUCUGUUUCAGUCCACCUUCUAUCCUUACCAACAUUUUACUUACUAUGCCAUGAGUUUUAUCUUCUGCAAUAACCUUUGAUGCUUUAUUUUAUCAGAAAAUAAGAAAUAAGAUGGAAAAUAGAUUUUGGAAAAACAUGUCCAAGAAUGAAAUUGAAAGAUUCCACCCCCACCCCCCACUAGAAGGGUGGGGAACAAGAACCAGCUCAAAUUCUUGAGGAAUAGGGUGUCCAAAUGGAGAUGUGAGGUACAGGGAGGUUUUUAAAAACAAGGAUGAGAAUCCUGAAUUGAUUUGAGUAUAUGGAGACAGUGAAAUUUGGUUAGAACUAGUAAGACAGUGCAGCACAGACUCAAGGUUUUAAAAGAAUAAUCUGGGGAGACUUAGAGAGUACUGGAGAAAAAGGUGAGGUUAAGCUUGGGAGUGUGAAGUGAACGUAGUUUGAGAGGUGAAGAGUGGUGGUUCAGGUGGUGAGUCAGAUGUGGUUGAAAGCUCAAUUCAGAAGCAGUUUGCAUACCAAACUUGCACAUCAGCUGAUAAAGUUGAUGAAUUCCAGAGCCAUGUAGGUUGUGGUUAUAGACAAAUAAGUUGAUUUGACUGCUAACAGCCAUUGCACAUACUGAGUGACUGCCAGUGAAAAUGUACCUCAAAAUGAAAUUCCAUGGUGAAAAAAACCCACUAGAAACAGCAGGGUCAGGUCAGUUAGCAUCUGCAAAGAGUUAAAUGUGGGGUUAAUGUUUCAUGUUUGACCCUUCAUUGGAGCCAGCCAACACUCCUCCCUCCCUGCCACAACCACCACCAUGCCAUCUAUUGGUGAAAGCACGAGAACUCCAGAAAAAUAUUAAGAUAGUUUUAACCAUUUUCAUCCUCCCAAAACCUAGCAAAUUGUGCAGCACAAUUAAACAUAUAGUUCUGUGUGUGUUUGAGUUGUGAAUUUUUCCAUGCUAUUAAAACUGAAUGGAUAUUCCAUAAUACUAACUUCCAUUUUCUGUUUUGCAUUACAAAGGACAAAUAAUAUUGCUGCACUGUAUUUACAUUCUUACAAGUUUCAUAACAGAUGCACAAAUCAGUAAAUCAGUCACAAUAAAUUCUGCUUCUUUUAAUUCCCUUUUUGUGAUACUGCUGAAUUGAACAGUGGAAUUAAUUUUAGUUCAUUGCAGAGCCUUAUUGCUCUUCAUAUUGCUCACAGACAAGUUAAUUAUGCCGAGUCUUUAAUCUUAAAUAUACCAGUUUAAAGAUAAGAAACUUAUUCUUUAGAGUUGAAAUAAGUAUUGACAUUGAUUUCAAGAGUGGUGGAAGUGGUGGUGGUAGUAAUAUAAAUUGUCAGUAUCUUUGAUAAUAAAUGAAUAUUUAUAGUCCAUGUUUUAUCCAGGAUACACUGGCACCAUGGACAUUGUUAUACAAAUUUUCUGAUUAGUUCCACCACAGACAUGCAUGUAAUCAGGCACAAGAGUUUGUAUAAAUUGGCUACACAGAAUCCUUCCCUAAACUAGGAGGUCAUGCACAUUUCUAGUCAGUUGCAAGAAGUAUCCACAACCUUUCUCAGUUCUCCUAUGCCUCAUUCAUAAAACUUCACCAGUAGCAAGGUACUGUGAAAGUAACUUGCUACUUAUAAAAGUGGCCAAAAUGGAUGCAGGGUUACUCAUUCCAGCUGGUGAAAUCAAUAAUAGCCAAUAAGCAGUGCACAGAAUUAAGCAGCUGUUUGCUGGAACAAGGAAUUUCAUCAUUUUCCCCAUAGCUAACAGAGGACACUGUAUUUUUCAAUAUUGGGAAAUGAGGUUACCGCACAAGCCUUGUAAUUAAAAAAAACCAAAAAAAUUAUGCAGUUUAAAUGCCUUGUCUUUAAGCAAAAGUCAAAAGAAAUCCAUCUUGCCCCAUUAUUUCCCCAACAUCAAAAAAUACAAGCUUGAUUCUUAAGAGACUAAGAUUAUGCAGCAGUGACCAAUAUCUUAAUGGAAGUAUUGUACAUCUGUUAACAUAUUAACAAUGAUGUACAAGCAACUUUUUAUCAUCAAAAGUUUACUGUAAGUGUGUUAUGAUGCUUCAAUGGAUCAGAAGAUAUCCCCACUACAGCACAGUUUUUUGGGCAAUUCUAAAUGCUACAUGCUCUAUAACUAAUUCAAAAAGGCACAUUAAAGAACAGCUAGAAAAGCUGACCACCAACAACACCAAAGAUGCAAAGAGGAGCAUGAGGCAAAAGAUUAUUUAUGCUUAACACUCAUUGUACAUACUGAAUAACAUUAGUUUAUUCAGUAAACUAGUGUUACUGAAUAAACUAGUAACAGUUUAUUCAGUGCAAGUGUAUCUCAAAAUGACACAGAUGGGGGGAGGAAAACACUGGAAUUGCAAUCAGCAGGUCAGGUAGCAUCUGUAGAGUUCAACAUCCCCACUCCUCAUCUUCAUGUUAACAAAUGAUUUAUCUACAGUGUCUCUAUCAACAUUCAACAAAUCCUAUUCUUAGUGCUUGGUGUCAUUAAAUAUUGUGCACAUUAUGCUUAUGAUGCACAGUGAAAAUUAAUUGCUAUGUUCCUUUCUCCAAGUAUGAAGUUCCUGUCUUUCACAUCUGCCAAAUCUCUCUCAUAGUCUUCUUCCACUUGGUGUCACUGUGUAACUGAAGUGCUGUUUAUUCUACCUUUGCAUUUCUAUAAGUGAGGCACCUGUCCAGUAUUUUUCCAGAACUGUCAGCAUCUCAGAAUCAAGUUGAUCAUUAAACUCUAGGAGUCGAUUCCUGAACUGGCUGAGAUUUUGGCUUUGCCUUUUAGGUUGUUUAGAAACAUUAUCACACGUAUUUACCAAUGUUCCUGCUGGAUACUGCCUGAUUUUGUUUGCCACAUUAGUAACUACAGACCCAAUGUGCCAAUGAGAUGUAUGAAACCAUGACUAAAUUUAAUGCAUGAUAUUAAAUGUUCCAAUAUUUUAAUUCUUUAGGCAUAGUUAGAUACAUCCAAGUGAGAUCAAUAAACAUCAGAGCCUAAUUGGCUGUAAUCCAUUAGUUCAAAAUGUACAUGCAGAUCCUGUCUUAACAACUCGACAAAAGUAAUAUAGUUGGAUAUACAACGAGCCUGCAGCUAAUUCCACUAUGAGGUGUACUACCAGCAUCAAUAAAAGGUCAGCACACGAUUGCUUUUCCCCCCAUUUCCUACUUGUAGACAUGCUGCAAUUUUGUCAGAGUUUCAGAGAACUAUCCCUGUUGUAAUAGCCUCACAACUGUGUUUACCUACAGACUUUUUGUUGUCCCAUUCCUUGUAAGUUUUCUCUUUGUGUUCAUAGGAAUUUCCAAUAGAUAGUAAGCAUUAGGAGUUGCAUUUGAACAUUUCUUUCCUCUUGAUAAUUCUUUGCACGAUUAAAACAAACCUGUCCUUGUAUUUCUUUCAAUCUCUUUCUGAGGGCAAGUGUUCCAAACAAAGUGCUAAUAGUUUUGCAUGCCCAUCAGCCAAAUAGUAAAUUAGUUUAAGACUAAUUUCAGUAAUUAGAUUUAGGAUUACGAGAAAAAAGCUGCCUGAAGCAGAGUACAUUCAUAAAGAGAAAGUUGAUCAAUUCCUUUGAGGUCUCCUGUUGGAAAUGUUCCCAGAUGACCAAAUCAUCACUAUUAUACUAUUGAUUUGUAUUGAGAUAUGAUCAAAAUCUUGUAAUGGAUUAGAAAUCCUUCUAAAUUUCUAUUGUUUUGCUUAACUUGCCCAACAAUUUUAUUAAUUCAUCGUUAGCUCCAAUGAAACUGCAAGAAAACACCAGUCCUGAUGCAGGGUUUUGACCUGAAACAUCGAUAUUUCUUUUCUCCCACAGAUGCUGGUUGGCCCACUGAGUUGCUCCAGCAGAUUGUUUGUUGGCUAAUCUAAUACAUCUGUUCUAAUGUGUAAAUUUAGUUGGGUGCCUUGGUUACCAUAUUAAUCAACACAUUAAGUAAUCAAGAUAACACUCAGCUGGCUUGAUUGCUGGCGUAGUUUUGUUAAAUAUAUAGUCAUUAUAGGAAUGUUCCAUACAAGUUCCAGUCUAUGGAUGUUUUCCCAGAUUCAAUUAAGUAUCCAUAAACCUGUAAGUGUGUAAGAUUUAGGUUGUAACUCCUGAAUACACACAGAUGGAAUUAGACAAACUACCACAAGCAGAUGCUACCAGUACAUUAGGACUUGCAAUUCUGUAUAAGAAGACUAUACAAUAUGAAAACCAAGAAAAUAGUGUAACAUUCUAAUUUGUUAAGUACAAAUUGAUCACUGCGCCUGUUUAAGAACUUUGAUCUAAUGUUUCUUUGACUGUAUUUAAAUUGCUAAAUAUUAUUAAAUUUACCUUGUUUUCUAUUAUAUUCCAGUAGUUUUUACCACAUUAUUCUUGCAACAGUUUUUAAAGAAUAAAUUUGAUCAGCCUUUAAAGUUCAAGUUCAUGACAAUACUCACAUUAAGAACUGAAACUGAAGCUUAGAUCAACAAGUUAAAUGCUUGGUUCUUAAUCAGCAAGUUACUGGGUAAAACCACAGAUCAACUCCGAUCUGUUAAAUGUUUUCUCCAGUAAUACAAGUUCUCAUUGCUUUAAAAAAAAUCAUUUCUUCUAACUGGUGAAUCAAGAACAAAGGAAAUAUUCUUAAAAUUACAGCUAUUCCAUACAGGAUCCAAGCUAACUCAGAAGCAACUUUUCAGCCAGAUGCAAAUAAAGAUUGCCUGGCUCAAUUAGCCUUGUGAUUAAAUUGUGCAGAUUACUGCUGAUUGCAGUCUGCAUGAAUUGAUUCAAACUUGGCUACUGAUCCCUGGUUUUAAAAAUUGCAUGAGCACAUGCGAGCCCUCGCACUACUUAACCUUUGAAACAUUUUCAGAUGUGGAAGGAGAAUAAUUAUUAUGAGACUCGUGUUCUAUUUUUUUUGGUAUUGUUGAGAUGGUUUUGUUGGUGUAAUUAGAUUGUUGGUACAUAGCAAUGAUAAAUAUGAAACAAAGCAAUAAUGAAUAUGAAUGUGUCUUCCUAUUGUUCCAUUGGCAUUACCUCUGACAUGUGGUCCACAUAAGAUUAUACCCUCAAGAGUGACACUUGUGCUUCAUUCUGGAAGUAGGUCAGCCUGGAUUCUGCAGUGAUGCUGAGGCUGAAGCUUAAAUUCUAAGUGCCUCUAAUUGCAGUCUGAACAUACCUCCAAUUAUACCUUUUACUAUGUCAUAAUUUCAAAUAACUAUUUACAUAAUACCAUUUACUUUAAGGAAAUAAGAUGCUAAUUCAUGUACUCUCAAUUGUCCCAUUACUUAAUAAAAUUAAGCAACUCAAAUAGUGUUCCACCUUGCCAUUCUAUGUAAAAUAGUGCUCUAUUGAUCAACUUGGAGAAUGCUCCCUACAGUUGUCUUAUUGUUAUUCCAACAGAAGACACCCUUAAAACAUUUGUAGAGGUGAAAGGAGAAUAAUAAUUGAGACUUGAGUUUGUUCUAAUAUUUUUCAAUAUCGUUGAGCCUUUGGUUUGCACAGCAAUAAUAAAAAUGAAAAAGGAGCUUGCCUUCCUAUUAUUAAAGUGUAUAAUUACAAAGGUUGUAUAUUUUUGUCCAGAGAUGGGAGUUUGCCCUUUCGGUAUGCUGAACGUGUUGUGUAUAGUAUUAGUGUCCUGCAAAAUAUCAGAAAAUUUGCAAAUAACCUGCUUAGAAAAUUGAUUUUUGCCCUAAAACAUAACCUACAGAGAUUGCAGCUGCCCUUUUGAUGUAAACUUAAUGAUUCAGAGUCUAAAGGACCUCUGUCUAAGGACAGCUGCAGAAAAAAAACUGCCAUCAAGGGAAAAUACAGAAGAGGGGGUACAUGUAUUUUUAGUGGGGUUGGGUACUGCUGCCCACCCACCAAUGUCAUCAUUAACAUAGAUUGGAUUACAUGCCAUUGCAAGGCAUAGGCUCAUCAUACUGGUACAGAUUGACACACUGGCAUGUACAUCUGUUGCAAAUUAGAUAGAAAUGCUGCAAGAAAUAUGUGGGCAAUAAAUAGGUUGGAAGAUGUAGAGAGAAAUGCAUUUGAUGGAACAAUGGUGACCUUUUAAAUUAUUAUGAUACAUUUCUGAUCCACAGGGUUUGCACCUUGGGUUUCUUGAGGUUUAAAUGCAGGUGCUGGGUUGCACCUUUAACAGCCAAUUUCUAUUGGUAAAUAUGGAACUAGCUGUUCCACACUGGAUGUAAUCAUUAGAAACGCUUUGUAUACCAUGCAAGCUUCAAACAAGUUAAAGUGUAUUGCACCUGGAGGUGCCCAGGCUGAUUUCCCGAGGAUUGCUAAUUGACCCAGAAACAAUUGCCAGUGGGAUCCCAAGUGCAUGAAAAGUCCUUUAUUCACAAAUAUUCCAUAAAAACCAUGUGCAAUUAGAUCCAAUUUUCUAGGUAAUGUUAUCAAGCAGACAAUCCUGGGGUUUGAUUAUCAACUCCAAUAACCAGAUUUUGACUAUUUCCACAUUUUCAAUUUUUUUUCUCCUGGUCGAUAGGUUUUCUAUCUCUCCAUCUCCAUUUAUUUCAAGGUCCUGCCUUCCCCCAGAUUAUUUCAGUUGUUUACUCUCAAAAUGUCUUCGAGUUAUUUGAAAAAUGGUAUGUGACAUUAUAACCACUCUAGCUUACUCAGUUUGUCUUCAGGCUUUUUUCCCCCCACCUUUCCUGAUGCCAUGAGUACCCCAGCUUGUCCCUUCUACUGAAAAUUUACACUGAAGCACAGAACAAAAGGCAAUAUACUGUGAAUCUGUAAAUCUAAAAUAUUAACAGAAAAUGCAAACAGUAGGUGUUACAUCUUAUGGGAAAGAGCUGGCUACUUAGCUCCUCUGGCCUGUUCUGCAAUUCACUCAGGUCGUGGCUGACCUGUGGCCAAAAUAUACAAGCCUGAAUUUUCACCAUAUUCUUCCCAGAUAUUAAAAUUAUCAAUAAAGCUAGCAUUAAUUGCACUUACAGAUGAGUUCCAAAUUUCUACCACCUCUCUGAUUGUAGAGUUGUCUCCUGACUUCUGAAUGGCUAGACUAUAGACUCUGUCUUCUCCAUCUGCAACCUUAAAUAAGGACUGAGUUUUCCAGCAACAAUUAUUGGGUUAACUAGUCUAUAAUUCUGUGGUUAUUCCCUCUCCAUUUAAGUAGCCAAAUGAAGUGAAAUUUUCUGAUGUAAAGGAACAAUUGCUGAAUUGAGUAGUUAAACAAGGUUCUAAUCUACUUUAAAUCUUAGAGUGAAAACAGGCAAAUUCUGGUGAUUUGCAACUGCUGUUUUUUUUUAUUACUAAUUUUUAUUAAUUUUAAUCAGUCCCUAUCCCUGAUUAAAUGUUAGAUUUCUCAGGAUGUUGCCUUCUUACUCCAAUGUAAAUAAUGCAGAAUAAUCAUUGUAUUUCAUUUAAUUUGUGUCAUCACUUAUUCUUUUAAGAAAUAUACAUUUACCUCUUCUCACCCUCUAUUAUAACAUAAUUUCCCUUGCAAGUUUCUUUUCGUACUCUCUUUUAACAAUCUUUUUUGUCAUCUUUGACUGUUCUUAGCAAGUUAGAAAUUUCCAGAUUUAUGCUAGGAUUUGCCUUUUUGUGUGUGUUUUUCUUCAGUUUUUUUUCUGUAAUUGUUCAUGGCUGUUAUUUUUUGGCUAUUCCAGAGAACAGCUUAAGAGUCAAGUACAUUGGUGGGCCUGGUCCAGACAGAGUAAGCUUCACAGAUUUCUUUCCCUGAAAACAAUCCAAUAGUUUUAUGGUUACCAUUUCUGAUCCUAGAGAUUUAUUCCAGAUUUAUUUGAUUCCUCAGUUGCAGUGUUGAGAUUCAAAUUCAUAUACUGUGAUCAAUAGUCUGGGUCUUUGGAUACUAAUCAAGCAAGAACCACAGAACUACAAUGCCCAAAAACAAUGUUAUACCACAUCAUCCCUUCUAAUGAAGAAUGAAUUGAGAGAGAAGAAUAGAUUUAGCAUGCCUGAUAUUUAUAUGUAAGAAUGAACAAUUUAAUAGCCAGAAUAUGGAUUCCCUUUUGAGUUCUAGUAAACUUGAUAACAGGGCUAGUUGCCAUUGUUGGAAUAACUUACCAUUUGCAGCCAGCAGUCUGUUUGGUAUUAGGUGGGUACGUCUGCUGCAUGGAACCUUGCCCUUGGUUGCGGGAUGGAGUGAGGGAAUGAUCAGGGGGAUUGUGGGGUGUUGAUUUGAGAGCCUGGACUGACGGUCGAGAGGAAGAAGGUUGAGGGAAUCAGGGAGGGAGCAAUGGAAAUGCAGCAGGCCUGGGACCAGGCUAGGGAAGAAAUUGCAAGUCCUUGCCUUUGUUCAGUUGCCAGGUUUUCCUGUGUUCUCACUUGAACAAAUUAAAUUCUAGGUAUUCAGACACUGACAAACUGAUGAAUGUUUAACUGUUUUAUGCUUCACAUUUUCUUUCUGAUAUGUUGAUUAUUUGCAGUACUUUCUUUGUAUAGUGUCUGCAUAAAUGUUGACCUAUUCAUUGUGUGUAAAGGAACUUGAAAAUUAAUUUCUAAUUUCCCAUUAUUAUUUAACCUGAAUAAAGCUUUAUUUGCAUAAUUAAAAUACCAAAAUAUUUUGUUAUUAACCAAUUGUGUCCAUAUUAUUUUGGUUAGAUGCCACAUGUGCAGGAUGCAUGUUUCCACUAUUUUUCUCUCUAUUAAACAGUUCCUCUAAUGGACUGCAUAUCUGGUUACCACUUAAUCACAAUGUCAGGCAGUUUAUAUUGAUGUAACAUCUAUUUGUCAAUUAUUUAAUACAUAACUUAGUCUUUUACUUUCAUUGGCUAAAUGGUGGGAGAGCGCAGGGAAGAAAUGAAGCUGUCACUCCAUGCACCCUGACUGUUUUCUUUGAACAAACAGCUUUUGUCAAUACAACACGUUUUUGAAGCAGAGCUUGUACCCUUUGUUAGAUGUAAAGCCUCAAAUAGAAAUGGUUCCCAUUUAAAUAGAAUAAACUUGAAAUUGACUGGAGAUUACAUGAGAUUUGGAAUAAAGACUAAUAUAAGAUGCUCAGUACUUUUGCUCAGAUGCUCAGUCUUAGGAGAUUUACUAGAAUGUUGCCGGGUCUUCAGGAGUUACAGGGAAAGAUUGAACAGGUUAAGACUUUAUUCCUUGGAGUGCAGAAGAAUGAGGGGAGAUUUGAUAGAGGUUUACAAAAUUGGAGGGGUAUAGACAGAGUUAAUGUGAGUAGGCUCUUUCCACCUAGAUUAGGAGAGAGAAGCAGAUCAACUUCAAAAUCCUUAAACUGCUGUCCAUGAUUUCCUACUCUACAGGCUGUGAUGUAUUCAGUGGAAAUCAGUAUUUACAAACUUUUUUUCAAAAUUCUGCUUUUUCAAAAAAAGUUUUUGAUAUUUCAGCUUCCACUGUGAUUUCAUCUGCCUCAACCUUUGAGGUCAAUAACAUUUUGA